GAAUUUUCAUCCCUAUAUAUAUCUCCCUUGUGCCGACGUUUUGAUUUUGACUUUGAAUCGACCUCUCUCCAACAAUUGAAAGAUAUAUAAGAAUGUUAAGAUUGGCUGCAUCCAAAACAACUCUCAGCUCCCUCGCCAGAUCCAUGUCGUCCUCUGCCCCCCGGCUUCAGACCAGAAUCGAAUCCGACGCAUUCGGAGAAAUCGAAGUAGAUGCCACUAAGUACUACGGUGCCCAAACCGAAAGAUCCAAAAUGAACUUCAAAAUUGGAGGUGCUCAGGCAGUUAUGCCCACGCCCAUAGUGAGGGCUUUCGGGGUGUUGAAGAAGUCUGCGGCCAUUGUCAACGAGGAAUUGGGAGCUUUGGACCCCAAGUUGUCAGAGGCCAUCCAGCAAGCUGCCACCGAGGUGGCCGAAGGAAAGUUGGACGACCACUUCCCAUUGGUGGUGUUCCAAACCGGCUCGGGAACCCAAUCCAACAUGAAUGCCAAUGAAGUCAUCUCCAACAGAGCCAUCGAGAUUUUGGGCGGUGAAUUGGGAUCCAAGAAACCAGUCCAUCCCAACGACCACUGUAACAUGUCUCAGUCAAGUAACGACACGUUCCCCACGGUGAUGCAUAUUGCGGCGGUGACCGAGAUUUCUGGUAGCUUGAUUCCAGAGUUGACCAAGUUGCGCGAUGCUUUGCAAGCCAAGAGCGAUGAGUUUAAGGACAUCAUCAAGAUCGGUAGAACCCACUUGCAAGACGCCACGCCCUUGACAUUGGGUCAAGAGUUCAGCGGGUACGUCCAGCAGCUCACCAACGGUAUCGAAAGAGUCGAAAAAACCUUGCCCAACUUGUUGUUUUUGGCCCAGGGUGGUACUGCGGUGGGUACUGGAUUGAACACCAGAAUUGGCUUUGAUGUCAAGGUGGCCGAACAGGUGUCCAAGUUGACGGGAUUGCCAUUCAAGACGGCCCCCAACAAGUUUGAGGCGUUGGCAGCUCACGAUGCUAUUGUGGAGGCUUCUGGAGCCUUAAACACGGUUGCGGUUUCGUUGUUCAAAAUCGCCAACGACAUUAGAUACUUGGGUUCCGGUCCUCGUUGUGGAUACGGUGAGUUGUCAUUGCCCGAAAACGAGCCAGGUUCGUCAAUUAUGCCCGGUAAGGUUAACCCUACCCAAAAUGAAGCGUUGACGAUGGUGGCAGCCCAAGUAUUUGGAAACCACUCGACCAUCACCUUCGCCGGUGCCUCGGGUCAAUUUGAAUUGAACGUGUUCAAGCCGGUGAUGAUCUCCAACUUGUUGACAUCGAUCAGAUUGAUUGCUGAUGGGGCUGCAUCCUUCAGAGUUCACUGUGUGGAAGGUAUCAAGGCCAACGAAGACAAGAUCUCUAAGCUCUUACACGAGUCGUUGAUGUUGGUGACUGCCUUGAACCCCAAGAUCGGUUACGAUGCUGCUUCCAAGACUGCUAAGAAUGCCCAUAAGAAGGGAAUUACAUUGAAGGAGUCUGCUUUGGAGUUGGGCAUGUUGAGUGAACAAGAGUUCGAUGAAUGGGUCAGACCCGAGAAGAUGCUUGGUCCAAAGUAGUUGCGUAUAACUGUUCUCUAGACUUAUAGCCAGUAUUUAUUACAUAUUUAUUGUGUGUACGCAUUGCACCAACUCAAUCACCAAUUAAGC